UAUAGGAGAUUUCAGAGUUCUCAUAGUUCUCGGCAUACUCCAUCUCCGGCCACCAACGUCAAUAGCUAGAAAAGUUCGUGAAAAUCCGCAAUGGUUCAAGUUGGAGCAGGACAUAAACACUUUCAACGACCCAGAACUACAUGGAAUGGAACAAGUAGCAGCCUUAGGUAUUACAAAAGCACGUGAUCUCGCUAGGCUCUUCUCACUGAUGCUUAGCGGGAAAUUGUUUAGUAAGAAGCUUCUGGAACGAUUCAAAACACCGGAGAUCAAUUCUGGUCUCGAUGAGAUUGUUAUGACACCUCUCCCAAAGGGAUACGGAUUCCUCUACGAACGU